AUUUUUUACUGAGAAAAGUUUACCUUAAAAUUCACAUUCUAGAAAAUCGGUUCUUCCCGUUUGGUUGUCGAGAAAGAAAAGGUGGUGUUUUUUGGAAAGAAAAUACUUUUUCCAAAACUCACAAUGUCAAUAGUUUUGCCGGGGGAUGAAAGUGCGUACCGCGGAGGGAUGACUAGCGAGGGCUGCAGAAACCGAGUUCCGAGUUUAGUCUCGGCCAGAACACAGGCCUAGAAGGACCCUUCGUUUAUCGUAACGUCAAAUAUUUGUCAAAAUAUAUAUCUAUAUCAUCAACUCAAUCUCUCGUGACAUCGUUCCAGUUUUAUCACCUACUCUUAGUUUCAGGUUAGGAGCCUGCUAGGAAGGGUCUUCUUUCUCUUCUCAAUUCGAAAGGAGCACUUUUUUUCAAAAAAAAAAAAAAAAAACAAAACUGAUUAAGUGAUCAAUCGCCUCUCUCUGGAUUAAUUAAAUCACCCAGUACGGUUGAUUAAUGGAACAAUCGGAUAAAAUUUAAAAACGAUUUCUAGUGUGAUUCUCCUUUGUGCAAAAAAAAGUGAAACGUGGGAUUAACUAAAGUUUAAAAGUGAGUGUCAAGAAAAAAGUGUCGAAAAUUAAGAACUGAUGAUGAUAACAAUGCCUCGUUGUCGAGUGCGACGUCUUAAACCUUUGGUUUAAAAAAAAAAGGCUAACAGUGAUAACCAAGAACCAAAAUUAUUUUUUUUUACAAUUUUUCUUUUUGUUCCUUGGGUGGGGGCAGAAAUUUUUUGAAUUUGAACCAGUGAAACGGCAUCGAUGCCGAAACGAAAAUUGAAGUGAUUUGCUCACAAUUUAGAGUUUGGUGCGGAACUUGUGGCGUGAAUUUGUUUUGGGACCGCCGGAGAAGAUCGAAGCCGUCAAAGUGGCUUCGUCACUGGGGCUCCAGGGGCCGUCUGCGCCGAUCGGGGCCCAAUUAUUGGCUUCUGGCGGUACAGAAAAUCAUGCGCCCUCAACAAUUUAUCACGCGAAUCUGGUAGCUGGUACCAAUAAUAACAUCGUGACAACGGCACUUCAACAGCCAAUUCUCAAUUCUUUAAAUCCUGCUGUGUCACUUAAAGACAUGCAGGCCUCUGCUGAAGCAAGUACCUUCGACCUCCAGGCCAUGCAGUCGAUGGAAUGGCUCUUCAGAAAGGAACGUAUCUACUUGCUGAUGCAAUUUUGGCAACAGAAAGCAAGUUUGGCUGAAAAGGAGGUCACUGCAUUAAAGGAGCAGCUUGCCGCGGUAAACGAUGGCAAUUCAAAGACUGAGGGACAAAAUGUGUCCCAGAAUCCUCAAGGAACAGAGCAGAGUCAUGAUUCGAAUCCAAGGAGGACGCCAAACAGUAACCUUGAACAAGAACUACAAACCAAGGACAAAGAGAUUAGCCAAUUGGUGGAGGAAAUAUCAAGGCUUCAACAAAGUCUACAGCGACUUCAAGAAUCGAGCGCGCAGACAGCGGCGCGUUUAGAGGACGAAUUAGAAGCGCGCCGACAGCACAUCAGUAGACUGGAGAGUAAAAUAGAAAAGCAAAAAGACUAUGAUGAUCUCAAACGUGAAAUUAGCGUCGUAAGGUCUGUCGAUCUUUCGCAAAUACCCACCAGUGAACCUGGAAAAAGUCUAGAACACCUUCUAAUGGAACGUUCUAAAGCACUUCAACAGGCGGAGAAUCUCAAACCACCAAACACACCCGACAAUCUAGGUGGACUAUCGUCACCCCUGCAGCGUGCCGCGACCGCCUCGCCCCACGGGGUUGUAAACGCACCACCAGUAACCCUCGUAACCUCCCAAACAACUCUCCCAACACGCUCCACUCCAACACCAUCAUCAGCAACAUCGACAAGUUCAAGUCUCCUAUUUCCACCACCUCUCCAAAACGUUGAAACCUUCGGUUCCUUCCUCGGCGAGGAGAUUGUCGCAAACUGGAGGCGAUCGUUGGAAAAGACGAUCAUGAGCCAACAGCAGCCACAACAAACCUCACAAGCUUCCCAACAACAGCAAGCACAAUCAAACCUUCUAGGACUCCAUCCGCCAACAAUACCAAGUAAUCUAAAUCACCUUCCAUCACCAACAGAUCCAAAUACACCUGGUAAAUCGAGUACACCAUUGGGUUCAUUGGACGCAACCGAAAAAGCCUUAACACCAAUACCCGGUCAUGAAACACCAGCUCCACCAACGCCAUCAUCAACGGCACUAACAUCACCGCCAGCCACUCUUCCACCACCGCCACCAACAUCAACAACAACACCAAUCGAUUCAACCCUCAACGGUUCAAAUCUAUCGAACCAAACACCUAAAAGUCCAGCCGAGGAAUCAUGCAACAACAACAACAAUAGUCAUCACUUAACCAACAACAACAUUGGCGCACUCAGUGUACUCGACAGUCUAAAGGGCCCCUUUCGUUUCGACGACAGGACACAUCCCUUCAGAUUUGGUGACGAAUUCGGCGCCGCCGGCAUGGCUGGAAGACUCGGCGAAUCCCUAAUACCAAAAGGCGAUCCAAUGGAGGCGAGACUACAGGAAAUGUUACGGUACAACAUGGACAAGUACGCAUCACAAAACUUGGAUACAUUAAACAUUGCAAGAAGAGUACGUGAAUUAUUGUCAAUACACAACAUUGGACAAAGAUUAUUUGCCAAAUAUGUUCUCGGUCUAAGUCAAGGAACAGUUAGUGAACUUUUGAGUAAACCAAAGCCAUGGGACAAAUUGACUGAAAAAGGAAGAGACAGUUAUAGAAAAAUGCACGGCUGGGCUUGCGACGAUAAUGCUGUCUUACUACUCAAGUCCCUUAUUCCUAAAAAAGAGUAUGUUUCAGGCAAGGAGCAGGGAAUGCCAGCAUUUGCUCGCGGUCCUCAGGACGGCCCACCAGACAUGAACGAUGAAAGAUUUGCUCAUAUUCUUUCGGAAUCUGGUCACCUACAAUUAAGAGGUGAACACGAGAUCUCAAACGAUGCCGAUAGCAAGAGUCCAAGUCGUGUUGGCUGUCCAAGUCCAUUCAGUAAGGAAAGGCUUGACAGUCAAAAUCGUAGACUGAAGAAAUACGAGAACGAUGACAUUCCCCAGGAAAAAGUUGUAAGGAUUUAUCAUGAAGAAUUAGCUAAACUCAUGGGACGAAGAGUCGACGAUCUUCGUGGACCGCGAGACUUCCUUCAAAGCGCGAUGUUUCCAAACUUUUUCAGUGGCACGCCUGGUCUCCAAGGUAUGGAACGUUCACAGGACGAAAUCCGUAUGGCAUUGGACGCUUAUCAUCGAGAAUUACAAAAAUUGAAUGUCGCCUCUGGUCAAAAUCCGACGUUAGGUGGACUUCCCCUGUCUGGUUUACCGAGUAUUCUUUUGCAACAACAAGCACUUCAACAACAUCAUCUCGCGACAAAUGGUGGCGUUGUUCAAGAUUUAAGUUUAGGAAAACUAGAUCCAAGAAAUAAAAUGAUGAACGGAGUGACAGAGGAAGAGAAAGAGAAAAUGGAGGAGGCUAUGAGGCAUGCUGGAAGUGCAUUUUCGUUGGUGAGGCCUAAGCAGGAACCAACUGGUCCACAAUCGACACCAGGUGGUUCCAGUGCCAGUUCACCAUUAGGCAAUUCAAUUCUUCCACCUGCAAUGACGCCGAGUGAAGAAUUUGCCGGUGCCGCCGCAGCCAGUCCCCUUCAAAGGAUGGCAUCCAUCACUAAUAGUUUGAUCAGUCAACCGUCCACGCCGACGCAUCAUUCGGCAAACCAAAGACCUCUUAAAGCCGUUCUUCCUCCAAUAACGCAACAGCAGUUUGACAUGUACAAUAAUUUAAAUACCGAAGAUAUUGUCAAGAGGGUAAGUAAAGUGGUGAAAGAACAACUCUCACAGUAUUCAAUUUCACAACGAUUGUUUGGCGAAUCAGUAUUGGGAUUAUCGCAAGGUUCAGUGUCUGACCUACUCGCCAGACCUAAACCAUGGCACAUGCUCACGCAAAAGGGACGCGAACCCUUCAUCAGGAUGAAAAUGUUCCUCGAAGACGACAACGCGGUUCAUAAAUUGGUUGCCAGUCAGUACAAAAUCGCACCCGAGAAAUUGAUGAGGACCGGCGGCUACGGCGGCCUGCCUCGUAAGUUUAACUCAGCUUGUGGGACACCUAUGAAACCGAUGCCGCCGACAAAAUUGGUUCAGGAACAACUGCAAAAUGCAGCCAAGGCUCAAGCGGCGGUACAGGCUGCAGCUCAAGCUGCUGCUGCAGCACAGCAUCAACAGGAAAGUCAGAUGCAACUUGGACCACCGCCACAAAAUCCUCAACAUUCUCAACAUCCACAACCACCACCACCAAUGAUGCUAACACCAUCUGGACCCCAUCUUCAACAUUCUCAACUCAGUAUGCAAGAACUCCAGAAAAAACAACAGCAACAACAACAACAACAAAUCAAUCUCCAUUCUCCCCAUCAUCAAAUGGCACCAUCGCCACUGAGAAGUCUACAUCCUCAUAUAUCACCAAGUGUAUACGAAAUGGCCGCCCUGACCCAAGAUCUCGACACCCAAACAAUAACAACAAAAAUCAAGGAGGCUCUACUAGCGAACAAUAUCGGACAGAAAAUAUUCGGCGAAGCUGUACUGGGACUAUCGCAAGGCUCCGUCAGUGAACUCCUGAGUAAACCCAAACCUUGGCACAUGCUGAGUAUAAAGGGAAGAGAACCCUUCAUCAGAAUGCAACUCUGGCUGUCUGACGCUCACAAUGUCGAUAGACUGCAAGCCCUAAAGAACGAACGACGAGAGGCUAACAAAAGACGACGAAGCAGUGGUCCAGGACACGACAACAGUUCCGACACAUCGAGCAACGACACUGCCGAAUUUUACCAUUCGGCAUCGCCCGGACCCGGACCAACAUCAGCCAAAAAACAACGAGUUCUCUUCAGCGAGGAGCAAAAAGAAGCCCUAAGACUCGCAUUUGCCUUAGAUCCAUAUCCCAACGUCUCAACAAUCGAAUUCCUAGCCGGCGAAUUGAGUCUCUCAUCAAGAACAAUAACAAACUGGUUCCACAAUCAUCGAAUGAGGUUAAAACAACAACCACCCCACGGUCAACCCGAACCACAAUCGCCCCGUGAACCCGGACAACCAUUCGACGCCGUACAAUUUAGAUUAAUGCUAAAUCAAAAACUACUCGACAUUCAAAAAGAAAGACUAUGUUUAGGCAACGUACCAAUGUCCUAUCCACCCUAUUUCAAUCCCAAUCUCGCCGCCCUUGUCGGCAAUGCCCUCAAGGAACAAUGUUCCGGUCUUGAUCUCUCAAUGGGCUCACUAAAACGUGAACCAAUGCAAGAAUUCGAAGACGAGGACGACGCAAUGAGUAAUCUAGGUAGUGAAGACUCCGAAGGUUCAGCGGGCAGUAUUAAACGUGAACCAACCGAAACACCAGCACCAACAACCGGCAGGUCAAGUAGGCGGAAACCUGCAGCCCCCCAAUGGGUAAAUCCCGAAUGGCAAGAGCCAACAAGAACAGGCGAUGAGGUUAUCAUCAACGGCGUGUGUGUUAUGCAAACCGACGACUACGGUGUUAAGAGAGAAAAUGAGGAGACUGUAAGGGUCGAACCAACGCCCGUACAAGACAGAUUUGACGAUGACGCUCAAAGUGAUGUCUCAUCCGUCUCCGGUAAUAAUCCCCAAGACAGAGACAGUCCCCUUCCAAGUCCAAAAUCAGGUCAAACAAGUCCCGUAACAUCACCGCGACCACCAUCCUUACAACAGACACAACAAUCCACCGAGGAGAGUCCCAAAGAACUCGUCAAACACGAACCCGAAGAAACGUGGGAUUAUUAAUAAAUAAGUUAAGUUUACCCCUUUAUUUUUUCUAUAACGAAAAAGCCAACAAUAGGAUUCGGUCACGACUGAGUCCUGCCUAGGACAGGGCAUUAGCAAAACAAACCUGAAUCAACAAAAACCAAAUCAGGAUUCUUUUGCAAAAAAAAGGCCGUGGAUCAACAAAAAAUCAAAAAAAAAAAAUUUAUAAGUGAUGACUGGGGGGGAAAAAGUUAUUGUUGUCAAAAAAUAAGCAUUACAACAGUCUGUUGUAUAACAAGAGUAUUGUAAAAUUAGAAUCUUGUAAAUAUAGUAAAACAUGAUAUGUUGCAUUUACCACAAAAAAAAUAUAUAGGCUGUUGUAAAUGUAACGAGACAUUUUUCUCCAUGAGAAGAUAGUGAGCAACGAACAAAGUUUUUGAGAGGAAAAAAAAAGAAUAAGGAAAGUGUCGAAACGCGCCUAUUUCACUCCUUUUAAAGGACUGCGAUAUUAACGUUCGCUUAAAAGCCAACGUUUAUUUUAUGUGAUUCGCCCUUAAAAUGAAUUUUUCAAAAGAGAAUCUCAUACAUCUUUGGUUUCUUUUUCUUUCUAAACCAAAAAAAAAAAAAAAAUCAAAGCUCACAAUAAACCAAUUUUGUAUGAAUUCUCGUUAUCAGUGCAAUCUUCUAUAUAUUAAAAAUUGUUAGAUCAAGUUUUUAUUAUUAAUUUUGAAAAAAAAAUCUCGCGCAAUUAACGAAAAUGCGAAAAGAACGCGAGAUGUCGCAUAAUUGUGAUUAAAAGUUAUAUCGUUUAUAUUGAAAACCCUCAUUCUCUCCUUCUUAGCCGUUAAGCUGUUGACGUUAAAUAUUAUUAUAUAUAUAAACAUAUAUUUCCAAUUCGAAUUUUUACCUAUCUUCGUUUUAUUCGUUAUUUAAAAAAAAUGCGCAAAGACAACUAUUUCUUCGUGCAUAAAAAAAAACAAAUACACACACCUUCGUCCGUUUUGCUUGCCGAGUAUUUAUAAUUGAAUUAAAAAGAGAAUUUUUGCUCGAAAGAGAUUCGUUUGACGAAAUCGUGCAAAAAAAAACUGAGGCCGUUACCAAUGUUAUUAUUACUAUUAUUAUAAUUAUUAUAA